AGCAAUCUCAGAAGACUGGCCAUCUCUUUAUUUAUAGACAACUUGUUUUAAGCUCCAGUAGUCUAACUUUGCGUGAAUGUCCUGUGGACCUUGACAUAUUCUCUCACAGAUCUUUCAUUGGAUAUGAAAUGGGAGCAAAGUGUUCAAUCUGGUGUUCAAAAGGCAAGCAGACAAAGGUACAGAAUUCUCCAGAAAGAGAGAUUGAUCAUGAUCAUCAUACAUUUUAUACAUGGCAAAAAGAAGCAGGUCAAUCUGCCUUCAACUUCGUGAUGAAGAAUAUUCAUGAUCUCCCUACCUUCAUCUUGGAUAUGACGGAAGUUACAAAACUCAACCUUUCCCACAACAGACUGGAGAGGCUCCCCCCUGCACUGGGUAAGCUGAAACAUAUAACAGUGCUGAACUUGUCUGGGAACCAGAUUGUUUCCCUGCCCAAUGAAAUAGGUCUACUGAGGAACCUUAGGGUCUUGUUUGUUAACAUGAACUAUUUGGAUGAGCUUCCAGAGGAGCUGGGUUCAUGCAAGAAGUUGGAAGUUCUGAGUCUUUCACAUAACUGCCUUUCAGCACUUCCCUCAUCGUACAGUGAUUUAACUUUGCUUAAAAAGUUGAAUCUGAGCAACAACAAGCUUACUUACAUUCCCUCUUGUAUUUUCCAAAUGAAGAAUUUGGAUUUUCUACAUUUGGGUUCCAACCAGAUAGAGACCAUAGCUGACAGUAUUCAAUUAUUGGAACACUUAAAGAUCCUGGUGGUUGACAAUAACAGCUUACAUGUUUUACCCAAAACUAUUUGCUCGCUGGCUUCCCUAGAACUUUUGAACGUGGAUUACAAUUGUAUACAAAAGCUUCCUGAUGAUCUGUACAAGUUAAUAAGACUGUCAAGAAUUGCAUGCAAUCCAAUGGAUAAAGGUCUUCAUAUAUUAAAUAACCCCCUAACCAAGCCACUGCCAGCUAUGGUUGAAGGAGGGCUUAAUAUGUUAUUUGCAUACCUUGAGGACAAAACCCAACAGGACUAAAUGCUUCUCCUGUGAUAAUCACUUUAACAUGUAAAAAUCUGUUUAGAUUAAACCCAAUUUUAAAUAUUAAAGGGUCAAUUUGCUAGAAAAAGUUAAACCACAUACUAAAUGAACAAGGUUGUUUUAACCCUUGUUUAAAUGUCGAUAUUGCUGACUUUAAUCUUUUAAAUCUCAAAUAUGAAGGGAUAUCCUGCAAUGAAAUGGAUGUUGAUAUUAUAUCGCCUGCCAUGCAUUUUGUCAUCAUUAGCAUAUAAUGUCUCUUACAACAUCGUUGUAAGUACAGGUAUGGGACCUGUUAUCCGGAAACCCAUUAUCCAGAAAGCU